AUGGACGGAAUUGCUGGCGGGAAAGAAAACAUCAGCAACUGCCCAUAUCAACUCGACAAGCUUAUUGCUGAUCAAGGUCUGCGCCAAGUUUUUGGGUCAAAGAAUCAUCGCAUGUCCAACGAGCCAUCGGAUCCGGAAUAUGAUGCUACAAUUGACAUGCUCGGAUGGUAUAUACCCCGAUCUAAGGACAUGCCAAUCGUCAUCGACUGA